GCCGCCGCCGAGGCCAGGGUCCUCCUCCUCGUCCGUCCGUCCUCUGGUGUGUGCUCCUCCUCUCCCGUCGUCGUUCUCGCGGUCCCUUCGCCAUGAGCGGCUGGAGCUGCUACAUCGACAGCCUGAUGGCCGACGACACGUGCCAAGACGCCGCCAUCGUCGGCUACAAGGAGCCCCCGCCGUCGGGGCCGCGCCCCCCGGAAGGCCUUCGCCAACAUCAGGUCAGCGGAAGGAGGGAUGGAGGGAGGGCCACAAGCCGGGGACCCCCUUCCCCUGGCCGAGGCCCGGGCCUCUUUGUGCCCCAAGGGCCCCUUAGGACCCCCCCCCCAGUCAGGGGAGGCCUGGCGGCGGAAACGAAAAACACAAACCGGCCUCCCUCCCUCCUCCUCCUCCGCCUCGUGCCACGUCCUCCUUCUGCCGGAGCCCCCCCCCACCAGGCCUACUGCAACGCACAGAAUCCUCGGCAUCAGGGAAGGAACUCGGGGCCUUCUUCUCUCUCUUUGGGGGAAGAGGCCCGGGCCUCAAAGGGCCUCAGCGCCCCCCGCCGGGAGAGGCCCGAAGAGGCGCCCUCCCUGGAUCUGGGACGCUGGCGGGCAGAAUGCUCCGUCAUCCGGGACAGCCUCCACACGGACGGGGAGUGCACCAUGGACCUCCGGACGAAGAGUACGGGAGGGGCCCCCACCUUCAAACUCACAGCCGGAUCCUCUGUCCAGCGGAGGAACAAACAAACAGCUGUGGCCUAUCCAGGCAGAGGAGAUAAGGCCAACCACUGUCCCAGCCUUUUGGGCAGCUGGACAAGGGGCCCGAUAGUCCUGGUGAUGGGCAAGGAGGGCGUCCACGGUGGCUGCGUCAACAAGAAGUGUUAUGAGAUGGCCAACCACUUGCGGCGGUCACAGUAUUGACCAUUCAUCACGCCCCUUCUCCCUCUUUCUCUUUCUCUCUCUCUUUGCCUUGUCCCGCCUGUGGUACUACUGAUGGAACAACGGUGAAGGAUGUCCAAGGUGGCUGCGAUGGGCCCCGGGCCCCCCGUCUGUGACCAUUGUGGGACCCCCCGGCGCCGGAUUCGCCGCGUUAUUCCUCCUCCUCCUCCUCCUCUCUGCCUGCCCCAGUGCUCACCCCUUGCGCCCAUCGCUCCCUUCCUGCCUUCUCCCUGUUUCUACCAUUUUUGUUCCAACCCUCUCCCCACUUUUCCAGUUCUUCUCUCUUUUUUUGCCAUUUUUUUCUAUCACACAAACACAAGAAAAUCCUUAUCGCUGCCAAAUUUUCUGGUUGUUACAAGGUGUAGUUUUUUUGGUUAAGAAAACUAUAUUGGAACAAGAAAAAAAAUAAACAAAUUGAAGUUGUAAA